UGUUGUUGUUGCUGCUGCUUGGCCCACAAAAACAGAAAUUGUUUGCCCUCCAGGAGCGACAAAAACAACGAGGAGCCGUGAGAAGCACUGAGAACCGACCGACGGACACCGAAAGGCCCGAACGGCAAACAUACCGAGCUCGGGAUAUCCAAACACCAGAGGCACCAAAGACGCCGAAACCCAUUCAGUCGCGUGAGAGCAUCGCACAUGACCGCACCGCUUCGCAUCGCAUCCUCGAGAUACAUCCGCAUCUGUGGGGCGCAUCCGGACUUCAGAGAUUCAUACGCGCGAGUGCAAAUUGCAGCGGCCGCCUGUCAAUUAACUGAAUCCCAAAGCUAAGACCCAUCAAUAGGUCCCCAAAUCGUAGGAGGAAGAAAAUAGCAUAGACCGGAGAAUUCCAAAUUGAAGUUGAGCUCAAAGUUCUCUUCUCACAUUUUCCUGGUUACAGCAAACCAACUGUGACGUGCUCUUAGAUGAAAGGAACGUGCGAUGCAAUUGAAUCCAAGCAGACAUACUGAAACGCACUACUGGAUUACCCUUUUUUGGUGUGCCUUAGGAGGUUUGAUAUUGGGUGGAAUUGUUGUCAUCUCAUACUGGAUAAGACGAUGCAGGACACAUCCAGCGAGGUCAGCGAUCCGGCAGCGCCGCAUCCGGAGCCGGAGCUCAUCAUCAGCUGCCACCGGGAUCAGCGGGAUCAGCGCGAACGGAAUCAUCUCCCGAGGGAUAGUAAAGUCAUCACCCGAUCACAAUCCUCGGCGUCGACGGCGCCGCAUGCUCCAGUGCAUCAACUGAAGCAGCAGCAGUCCCUGCCAAAUCCCCCGCCCUCGCAGCACCACAGCAGCCACAAUCCACACGCCUCCAAGUCUGUCUCGAUCCUCGUCUACAAGACCCUGAACACGGUCUUCAAGAGCAGCCGCAAGAUCAUUGUGCGCGUGUGCGAGGUGGCCAGCGCCAAGAAGUCCUUCACCAUGUUCAAGUUCAACAAGGCUGCCCAGCAGCAGCGGAUCGACAACCGGGCCAGUGCCGUCACAGGACACGACCCCUUCGUCCGGCCGCCAGUGCCCGAAAAGAAAGUGAAGCACAUUAUGAAGAAGCUGCACAAGGCGAACGGCCUGAAACGCUCCAACUCGGCGAUCGAGUUUGAUGUCUCGGCAUUGACGGCCGCCAAUCGGCGCCAGAUCUACAGUAGCAAUCGGUCGGCGAGCUCGGAGCAAGAUAACUCAGAUCAAUCCGAGCACUCGGAGAAAUCGCCGCUGGUUAGCGCGAGGUUAGACAAUCUAGCUAGGCUCUUCUUUAGCAAGUCGAUGCCAGCGGAAACCGGAAGUAGAGAUACCAUAGAUUCAGUACUGAAUACAAGACCCAACAUCAAGUACCAGUAUUCCGCCUUGGACAGCGGCAAUGGGAUCGUGGAGCGGAGUCCCAGGGAGCGGGCCCAGCGGGAGAAGGCCCUGAACGCCACCCAGGAAUGGAUUCAGAGUGCCAAUGGACGCUACGAGGUGAUUGCUCAUCUGGAUGAGAUCGGCUCGAGGCACGGCAAGAACUGGUUUCUGGUCACAGAUGCUUCGGUUCGCACAGAUCGUCUGCUGACCCUGCUACCUCUGCCCCCCGACUGCGUGGCCUUCGAGGAUCUGCCGCCCAACGAGUGUGCCAGGGAGAUUCUCAUGGAGCUGCUCGGCUCGCUGCAUCAUCCGUACAUAUAUCCCGUGCUGGACCUGGGCUUCUUGCGCAACAGCUCGCAUAACUAUGCCUGCCUGGUGACGCCCUUCAAUUCGCGCGGCAGCCUCAAGGAUCUCAUAUACAAAGCACAGUGGAACGAGCCGUGGGCCAAAAAGUACACGCGUAAGCCAAACGGCUUGCCGGUGAGCCAAGUGCAGCGCCUGGGGCGUCAGAUCCUGGAGGCACUGCUCUUCCUAAAGGAGCGCGGCUUUCCGCUUCACGGUCACCUUCACAGCGGCAAUGUCAUCCUGCAGAACGGGGCAGCCAGGUUAUCUGGCCUGGAGAACGGUCUACUGGGCCUCAGCUCGCGGAAUAAUGCCGUCAUGUGGUCCCGCUCGGUCACCGAGAUCGAGAACGUGGACAUUGUCUGCUUCGGCCACCUGCUGUACGAGAUGUGCACCGGCCAGGAGCUGACCACACCCAAGCCGUCCAUGCGGGUGCUCGAAAUGGAGAUGCAGCACUACCCACAAAUUGGCCAGAUUCUGGAGAUAUUAGGUCUUAUCUUUGAGCCGCCUAGCGGUGUCUGCCCCUCCGUUGAGGACCUAGUCCUGUGCGAUCUCUUUCGCAGCAUCGAUUUGCGCGAGCUGCGUGGCCCCUGUUUUAGUACAAUUAAGCCGAGCCUCAGCAGGUCCACUCUGAAUCUGCUACAUGCGGUUAAGAAGCGCCAAUGCGCCUCUCUGGGCCACUCCCUCAGCGAGGCGAACUCACCCUGCACGCCGCCCUCGACGCCGCACGAUCGACGCACUGGUAUCAGCCGAACAAUGGACUCAUUUGACAUAUCAAGCGACUCGGAGGAGGGUCUGCUGGAGGAGAUUGUGGUCGGUGGUAGCUGCCACCGGCAGCACUUGCUGCGCCUGCAGCAAUGGCACUCCGCCCACUCGUACGUCCACUCGUACGACCCGCCCUCGGAGUCGCCCAUCCACUACUGUGACCCGGCGGCCCUCUAUUCGGAUGACAAUGGCCACGAGCCGGAGCCGGGGCAGGAGCACCUGCCACCGACCAUUCGGUGUAGCACCAGCAGCCAGAGCAACCUGAAUGUGCUGCUGGCCGAGGGUGUGGUUGCCGCCGAGGAUGGCUACGAGGCCCAGGAGGUGGAGGUGGAGGAGUUCGAGGUUCUCGAGGAGGAGGAACCCAGUGGCUCGUCGGGAGCUCAGAGGCUGCAGGCUCCGGCCUGCACUUCGUCGGCUGCAGGAGCUUCCUUCAAUCACCAGCUCACCGCGGAUAUGUGCAACUACAAGAACUCGAAGAGCCGGCGGCUGGAGUACUCGCUGAAGUGCCUCAAGUACGGCCGCAGCAAUCCCUCCCAGGACUCGGCCUUCGGUUCGCUGACCGACAACGACCUGUCCAUCGGCUCUUCCAGCAUUCGGCUGAGCAGCUUCCAGUCCAUCUCCUCGCCCAUCGACGAGGGCGUGGAGGAUAUCAUCAUAGCCACCACUACGGGCGGCAAUGAGACCUGCCUGGAGCUGGCCACCAUUCCCCGGAGCAUGGUGUCCCAGGACUCGGCCAUUUCCUCGCCGUGCCGCGAGAGUUCCCCCAACAACUUUCUCCAUAUCGACGAUGCCAUGUCGGGCACGGGCUCCACCUCGUCCGGUUCCAAUUGCGGCUCCUAUGGGAACAUACGUCCCCAGCAGUUUCCAGUUUCGCUGUCACCGAAGAUCUUGGUAACGGCCACCAGUAACUCGAGCAGCUCUUCGCUGGCCUCCAACAGCAAUGCGGGUCAGGGUCAGGCUCAGAGCCAGGUUCAGGCACCGGGGCAGGGCCAUCCCCAGCAGCAGCAGCAGCAGCAGUUUGAUCCGCCCAAGAUCCUGGUCAACGAUCAGAACUCCAUCUACACCACGUCGCCCUCGAAGCGAUCGGGAAUGAUAGAGGUCUUCUCGCAGAAAUAUCGGGUGAGCUCCUUCGAGGACAUGUCCCCGAAGCGAACCUCUGACAAGCAGCACCUGAAGCACGUGAACCGCCUGGCCUUCCGCUCCUUGGAGGAGGAGCGCCGCAUCGACAACGCCUUCCUCCCGAUGGCGGAUCGCACACACUCGGACAAUCGCGUGAACAUGCAGAGUGAGAAGUACAAGAAGCUCACCCACGCUUCCUUUCGCAUCAGCAAGGGCCAGGGCCAGGAGUCGCCCACGGCCACGCCCACCAGCCAGACGCCGCCCAGUCAUCCGAGCAACAGCAUCGAGAUGCAGCGCACCGGCAGACAGACUCUCUGGCGGGACAGCAAGUUCUACAGAAAGAACCGGAUAGCCAAGAGCAACGACUCUCUGAUGGAGAACAAUCCGUCGCCGAGGAUCUCGCCCUGCUCGCUGCGGGACAAUCAGUACGAGAGCAGCAGGAGCAGCUCCCAGGCCAGCCGGAGGUCGCUGAGCGGAAGCCAACAGAUGCUUAGCGUGACCACCAGCUUUUGUGGCAACGGCAGCGGCGGCCGCAACGCGGCCAGGUACUGCAGCUCCAAGAGCGAGGACCUGGGCGAGUCCUCCGACUAUUUGAGAGUGAUGGACGCCCGCAAGUCGUACUCGGAGCGGCAUCUGGUGCGGCUCAAGCAGACGGCCAUUAACAACACGCACAGCGAGGACGAGAUGAGCUUCAACGAUAACGACAAUAAUGCCACGGCAUCAUCGCAGCAGGGCCUGGGGCUCCAGUACAAUCAGCCCCACUACAAUCAGAGGAAUCACCCUCAGGGCGGCAGGUGGAGCAGCAGCUGCUCCAUCGGCAGCCACCUGAAGACGACCAAUAUUAAGACCACCUCGCUGUCCGCUCAGUCCAGCCAAUCGAAUUUAGUGGCCACCUCAGCAACUGCCAGCUAUCGCACGCCCUCCAAGUCCCUUGAUCAGAGCACCGCCAUCCCGAGCACCCCAGCCCAGGGCAGCCAAAGUAAACCUGGCAACCACAGUAUCAUGAGCAGCCAGAGCCACAUCACCGCAAACACCACCAGUAGCAACAGCAGCAGCAGCACCAGCAGCUCGGUGGACGAGUCGCCGUCCAGAUUGACCCUCAGUGGCGCCGAUCUCUCGAGGAUCUUCGUGAUGGACAUGGACGAUGCACCCGGCAGCAGCUGCAGCGAGGAGAAGACACCGCUUCUGGAUAGUGUGGAAAUGUCGCCGAUCAGUCCGACCGAACCGGAGGAGCCGGACCUGGACAAGCUCUAAGAGGAGAUCCCCAACCGGGACAACAGUAUACACACAUACGCACAUACAGACAAGUUUUGAGCAGCCGAAAUGCAAAGCAUGUGAUAAAGAAACCAAAAAUAGCAGAGAUCGAAAGGGGAACCAUCAAGUUGUAGAACUAUUAGGCUAGGUAUGAGAUGGCAAGCUAGGAGGGGUUUUCAAAGGAGAGUUUUUGGGAGGAAUCAACACCACUUUGCCAUUUUAAUAAUAACCUCAUAUGUUGCAUUAUGUUUACAUUAAUGAGGUUAUGAAAGAAAGAACCACAAGAAGACUUAAACAUUAUUUUCAAAAUUUUAAUUUAUUUAAUAUUUGAUAUUCCCAAAAACUCUCUUUUGUAAAACCUCCCGCACUGUCAGUGUUGGUUUAGGUAAGGCAAUUCUAAGCUUGGUAUCACACAAACCACUGGACACCCACUUUCUAUACACUCCGGAAAAUAUACAUAAAUGUAAAGUUGGGCUGCUUUCGCCUUCGCUAGAUCCACACACACACUCACACCCAAAGCUUUCUUCUGGUAACAAUAAUAUUUUUGUCUUUAUAUUGAACUUUAGCCGGUUGCUUUUACAGCAAUGCGUAAUUACUUAGAAUAUCUCUCCACUGAAGCUAAUCUCUAGACUGCUAAGCCACAAGACAACACGGAAAACCAAAAGGAAGCCAGUAUCCUGCUGAUGAGUUGUUGCUUUUUUUUAACAAAAUAUAAACAGAGAUAACAAUUUUCGAAUUAUACGGAAUUAUACACUUUACUUGGUAGUUGAUUGAAUAGUUAAGACUUGAAAGCUUCGCAGCUUGGCGCAUUGAAAAUGUUUUACUGUAGCCUAAAAUCGUUUUAAGCCCCCCCAGACGGGGUCGUAUUUUAAAUAUAUGCAUACAUUUUAGGGAACCAAAACCAACAAACAAAGGACGAUAGGGGAGGAACGAGGCCGAGGACCACCUCUCCAUUGAAUGCAAUUUAGUGGGGACUCCGAGGUAGAGUUCACAAGUUAUAGAGUUACAACUUCUUUGUUUCGUAUCCUCAGUUGGAAAACGUCACAUAGGCAGCACUUCAACCGAGUUAAACAUAAUCGUAUGAAACCGUAAAUACAAUACAGAAAUGCAAUCAAGUUUACUAAGGUAUCGCAAGCGAAAUAUCACAAGGCCACACACAAUCGAACACAAGAUAAAUAUAUACACCUUACGAUCAUAAAUAUAUAUAGAAGGUAAUAUUAGACGCACGCACUUAGCGAGUCGCACCCAACCAAGAUGAUCCACAACUCGACCCCGCCCAAUCCAUUCAGUGAACUCAGACGCCCCUACCUGUAUUAUUCGUAGUUAAUGGACGCGUAGGACAUUGUUUACGGGACCCCUAGUACGUACUUGUAUUUCCCCACGAUCGUGUAAAGAUUCAUUUCGCUUGGAAUUAUUUUACGGUUUACUUGUGUACCAUAUAUGUACCCCAGAACAUUUCAGAAAUGGAAAAGCCCCGAGAGAAAUAAAUAUUA